AUGAAAGGAGCUUUUCUACUCAUUGCAGGCGCUUUCUGCGGCACUGCGCUCGCAAAAAUAAUUGCGCCGGCGCCGCAUAGCCUGCGCCCACACGACGACAUUGAUCCUACUGAGCUGUAUCCUGCUCACAAUAUCUCUGUCCCUGUGGACCAUUUCCAUAAUGAAACCAAAUAUGAGCCUCACACGAACGCGUCAUUCAACUUGAGAUAUUUCUUCGAUGCCUCGCAUUACAAGCCGGGCGGUCCAGUCAUUGUCCUGCAGAGCGGCGAAGCUGAUGCAACCGGGCGACUGCCAUUUCUGCAGAAGGGAAUCCUUGCACAACUAGCCAACGCGACCAACGGCAUCGGCGUCGUCCUUGAGCAUCGAUACUAUGGCACAAGCUUUCCGACCAAAAACCUGACGACAAAGAGUCUUCGCUUCCUCACGACUGAACAAGCAUUGGCCGAUCAAGCAUACUUUGCGUCGCACAUCGUCUUUCCGGGCCUCGAGCAUAUGAAUUUGACCGCUCCUCAUACACCAUACAUCACAUAUGGAGGUUCGUAUGCCGGCGGAUUUGCUGCGUUCAUGCGCAAGCUGUAUCCGGACCUGUACUUCGGCGCCAUCUCCUCGUCCGGCGUGACCGAGGCCAUAUAUGAUUAUUGGCAAUAUUAUGAGCCGAUCCGCCAAUACGGUCCUCCCACAUGCAUCGAAACUCAGAUGAAGCUCAUCAACAUCCUCGACAACAUUCUCAUGGAGAAUGACACCGCAACCGUCAGACAGUUGAAGACAGGCUUCGGGAUGGAAACCCUUACUCACAACGACGACUUUGCCAACCUGGCUUCCUACGGCAUUGGCGGAUGGCAGAGUAGGAAUUGGGAUCCAGCAGUCAACGUCCCUGAUUUCGAAUACUAUUGUGGAAAUAUAACGUCGAACAAGGUCCUGUGGCCCUCUUAUAAAGCCAUGUCGUCAGCAGCGUCAUCUCUGGUCGAAGCUGGAGGUUGGGGCAAUGAGUCCAAGACGUUGACCACGAGCAUGUUGAAUUUCAUGGCUUGGACCAAUAACAGCUAUGGUGUUUCGUCGUGCGAUCGACCGAGUCUGAACGAGUGCUACAACAACCACAAUGCAUCUGCCCCAAUGUAUACGGACAAGAGUCUGGACAACUAUAAUGCUUUGUCAUGGGCUUACCAAUACUGCAAUGAAUUCGGGUACAUCCAGACCGGUUCUGGUGUGCCAAAGAACAAACUUCCUCUGAUCUCGCGGCUGUUGACGCUGGAUUAUUUGACGCUUGUCUGCCGGUUGGCAUUCAACAUAACUUCCCCUCCAGACGUCAAAGCCAUCAACAAGUAUGGCGGCUUCAACAUUUCAUACCCUCGACUGGCGCUUGUGGGAGGAGAAGCCGACCCUUGGCGUCCUGUGACACCACUCGCAACCCUGGACGUUCCUGAUCAAUUGAACCGAACGAGCAACGCAAGCGAGCCUGUCAUUCUUAUCGCCGGGGCGGUACACCACUGGGAAGAAAAUGGACUGUUUCCAAAUGAGACAACGGCAAAGCUACCGCCCCCUCCAGUAGUCCAAGCUCAGAAACAGCUGGCGCAGGUGGUCAAAGGAUGGAUGAUGGAGUGGAACGAAACCCAACAUUAAUGUGCCACACUAGGUGCCACAUAUUGAUGAGCAUAAUGAACGGCAUGAUGUGCGUAAUGUGCUCGCACACAGUCCUUGGAAGUACAAUCCAUUUCUACCUUGAUGUCAACUUCCCGAAUAUGAAGAGCAUCCCGACCAAAACAAAUACCGGAUCGAGCGCAUUCCGUGGUAACAGGAUGGGAUCUCCGAUCUCAAGUUGCACAACUUGAAUCAAGAAUAGUAGCGACAGUGGUCCGCAUCCUUGUCCGGUUCGCCAGCACUUAGUGAUACAGCGUUUACGUCGAGGUAAGACAGAGCUUGUCCCGUUCAGUAGACCAUGAGCGCGAUCAGCGGAGGACGGAUCUUGUUGAUCGAGUAGCCGAGAUGACGAGAGGUUACCUUGCAGUGCUAGCACUUGGUGUGCUGCGAUGAUAUUCAUGAAGCAAUUUGAGCUUGACGCGCCAUACAGUUAAAAAAUUUGGCAAGGGUGGCAAGGCACUUGAGGGCAAAAAGAAAGCAACGAGGUCACGAAUUUUACCCAGUCUCUCAAGAUGAUGAUUGUCGGCGAAUUUAUGUAUGUCCUGGAGAUCCUUUCUUAGCUCGGGAAGACAUAGGAGUGGAAACCCACCGGGAGAGACAGGCUGGGAAUUUUUACAAGCCCC